AUGGCAAAGUUUGAACACCCAUCAACAGGCAACACUCUUGCAUUUUCAGCACUUUCAUUCAUUAUUGUAUUGGGUGCACUCCAACUCAACGCUUCAUUCUUUCAAUCAACCAAUAAUAGAACUGUAGUUGGUGGUCUUGUUGGAUCAUCUUUAUUCUUUUUCUUGUUGACUUUCCUUGGAGCAGUUAAAAAGGAACUUAAAUGGGUUGAAGUUCUACUUUCAUUAUUUAUCACCUUUACCAUUUCAUCAUCGGUUCACAGAGUAUCGGGAACCACCAGUGUCUUGUUCUCAUUUGCCAUUUUAUACUAUGUAAACACAAUGUCAAAGAAGUUGUUAAAAGAAGAUUCUACUCCUGUUGCCACAACUACAAAGAGUAAAAAGAAUUAA